CAACCGCAUUCGAACGACGCACCUGUGUCCGUGUCCGAGCCGAUGGUUUUUGCGCAAGUCCGGGAGAGGACAGGAAAAUUCUGUCCACAGGAAGCCCCGCUAGUUUUGUGAUCCUUGGUGAAAUUUUUUGUUGUUGUGUUUAUUGACCGAUUUUUACUGUUUCGAACGUGCAAAACAGAUCGUAUUGAAUCGUUUGAGUUUGAAGUGAAGUGCGCCAAGGAGAUGAAGCAAGUGGCUGACGAGAAGAACCGAUCCGCGAAUGGUGGGAAAGCUUGCGAAGCUAAGAUGGAGGCUGCCGCCAGCGCUGCUGGCUGCUGAAGUUUUAUCAGAGAUUAAGCUAAAGAGUUGUGCUGUGCAAUUGAAUUGAGGUUAAGGAAGCUGUUGUGCAGCAGAGUUGCGGAGAAGUGUGAAUAAGGAAUGCCUUUCGAGUGCUGUUGGCCCGAACCGAAAAGGUGAAAAAUAUUUGCUCGAAAAAAAAAAGCUGUGCGUCGAAUUUGGUGACCAUCGAUUUCGCUGAAAGUGAGUGACGAGUGGCGACCGCGUGUAUGUAAGCCGUACUGAAAAGGAUUAAAAGGGGGCUUGUGAAAUCACUGCCUGUGAAGUACAAUUGUGAGGCGAUAAAUGUAAAAUAAAUAUUCAUAAAACAGAGCGAACCUGCGGAGUGGCCGGGAAACCAAACAGGGAAAAAGGAAGAAAAAAAUCCCGCGAAGCGCAAAGUGCCGUAAAGUAAAGGAUCAGCCGGUUGAAAUUGAAAUUAAAUCAUCGCUCCAAUUUGGAUUACAAGCAUUGGAUUACGCGCACCCGGGGUGUCCAGGCGACGACAGACUGAACACAAGGGGGGAUGCCAGCCCAGUUUGAGUGACACCAGAGUGUACAAGACAGUUCCCCGAUGCAGCCAAGUGAGGCUGAUCUGCACAUAUUUUCGGCAUAGUAAAUAGCAGAUUAACACGCUCGACCGAGAAAAGAGAAAGAAAUGCCUGCCGCAGGCGGCACAAGCGACGAUCAUGGCAUCACGACAAUGUCACGUUCGUCACGGAUCGACCAGUUCCUAGCCGGUGCUAACUCGCCAUCCUCACCAACGAUACGAGGCUCGUCCGGUGGUGCCAGCUCUGGAUCGGCCAGCCGGAGCGGAGGUCGCACACCUUCCUCGUCCGGAGCGGGCGGUUACGACGGUCAGCUAGGUUCGUUUCCAUCGCCACACAUGAUGAAUCCUGCCGGGCAGCAUCCCGGCCGGGAAAGUUCCGCCUUCGUUCCAGUACUACCAUCCCGAUCACUGCGGCCAGGGCUAUACCCUGGCAUGCUGGACGGCCCGGAAGGGCUGGCAAAAGAAGGCGUUCCGAAGCGUGGUUCCAGCUAUGAUCUGAUGGCUUUAAUGGCUGAAAAACGAAAAGGAUUAGUUCUGCGGGAAGCUGCUGCCGCUAUGUUACUACCGAGACCAGGCGGGCCACCGGUUCAAUCCCCUGGAGGGAUGUAUCCGCCGCCAGGUGCUUUCCUCGGAGGUCCCGUCCCGUCACCGACCUCCGCUGGAACGUUCACUUUUCCCCCGGCUGGAGUCGGUCUGUAUCCGCCAGGAGUUCCCGGCAUGCAUGCCGGACUAGAUCGAAGACUGAUGAGAGCCCCUGGACGGGCCUCGCGUCCCAAGAAGCAAUUCAUCUGCAAAUUCUGCUCCCGCCAGUUCACCAAGUCCUACAACCUGCUGAUCCACGAGCGGACGCACACCGACGAACGGCCGUACUCUUGCGAUAUUUGUGGGAAAGCCUUCCGGCGGCAAGACCAUCUCCGAGACCACAGAUACAUCCACUCGAAGGAAAAGCCGUUCAAAUGCACCGAGUGUGGCAAGGGUUUCUGUCAGUCGCGGACACUGGCGGUGCACAAGAUCCUGCACAUGGAACAAUCGCCGCACAAGUGUCUGGUGUGCAAUCGCAGUUUCAAUCAGCGUUCGAACUUGAAAACACAUCUGCUUACUCAUACCGACCACAAACCGUACGAAUGCAAUUCCUGUGGAAAGGUGUUCCGAAGAAACUGCGACCUGAGGCGUCACGCACUAACCCACACGGUAGGAGAUGUACCGUCGGAAUCGUUGGACGUCGCCGAUGAUGAUCCCAAUCUGAGCGGCGAUGAGGAUGAAGGUGUGCUCGAGGUGGACUCCCCCGUCCAUUCGCCAGCUGGUUGUCGAAAUAGAUCACCAUCUCCCCCGCUAGACAUGCCUGUUUCCGCCGAACUUGACGAUGACUAUCCCGAUGAACACGAGGAGGAGAAUGAGGAAGAUGAAACAAUUAGUAUUGCGGGACAUGAACCCGAUCCGACACCAGUAGUCCAGUGCCAUCACGAGAGGCCCACCGGGUCCAAAAGUCCGUAUACAAUGCGUCCACAAUACGAUCACGGAAGAGGAACGCUGAUGUUCUCGCCAUUAUCACAUCCCUCAAUGGGACAAUGUCCCGGUGGAGGUGGUGAAGAUCUAACAACAACCGGAGGUCCUGGUCCAAUUCCACCAUCCCAACAGCAGCAGCAACAGCAUCCACAUGAUAUGUUCAUACCGAUGCUUCAUGUCCGCCGUGAUUUGCACCACAAAAUUGGCUUGCUAGGGCGUGCCUCAUCGACCAUCACCAGCGGCCUGAUGGAACCUGGCGGUCCAUUUUACGGCUCUAUUCCAAUGCGAAAACGAGCCAUGGGCCCGGACGGUGAACCGCAUCCCAUCAUGAAUCGGUCACUGAUGGCCUCUCAUCUUUCACCUGCGAUGAUGAAUCAGCGGCCACUCAUGAAACCACCGGAUGAUCCUCAUAAACCCACUUCCCACCCUCCGGAAUCACCGCGUGAGCCAGUUCCAAUGAUAUCUCCGAACGCUGCCUCACUGGUGUCUCCACAUCUCACCUCACCUUCAUUGCCACUUCAACUGCCACCGCCACUACCGCCACCACCAUCAGCAGCAGCAGCAGCAGCGGGAGCAGCACCAACAAUAGCAGCAACGUCAGCAUCAGCAGCAGCAAACCAGCUUCCCAUCAAUCUUGUCAACAUGCCCAGUAUUCCUCCAUCCAUGGCCCAAUCGUCGCCAAACCCAGGCCACGCGGUGCCACCAUCGCAACCGUCAACCUCUGGGCAGCCGACCAUUGCCGUCACCUCGUCACCAUCGGCAAUAACCAGUCCACCAAAAUCAUCGCCAGCAUCCGUCCUGCAGCAGCAACAGCAACAACAACCACCACCACCCCGAAAGACUGGCUUCAGCAUAGAGGACAUCAUGCGCCGCUAGUCCUCAGCUGAACAGACCGACCGAUCAACCGAGCAAAUCAAUCAAUCAACCUGUGGCCGGGACGGUUAAUUAAUGCUAAUGAAUGCAACAGAUGUACAAAAUGAAGAAGAGAAAAAAAUCAAAAUCACGGCAGCAGCAGACGAGAGAAUAAGAACAACAGCGUACAAAGACCUAUCCUAGAAAGAGAGAGAGAGAGGACGAUAAUGAUUAUUAUGAUGGUUGUCUGUGUCUACGUUACGUUCGGUUGGGGCUUGGGGCCUUCCAUACCACCCUCUCUCAAGCGAAAUGACAGUGCGGUGUGGUGACACAAGCGAAUCCUCGGCACCGCAUUGAUUCAGCAUGCCCUUGGGUGUGUGUUGUUUUACUGUUGUCCUUUCAGCCUGUUGUCGGUAAUGGGAAAAUGGGAUCAAUCGGAGGGAGGUUUACUUUGCGCCGGGCGUUUGCCAAUGUUGCAGAAAAAUCUUCUCGAUUGAUAAGGCUCGUUAAAGGUGAUCCUGGGUGCGUUUCGAUGGUGGUAGGUUGUUUUGGGGGGAAAAGAUUUUAAGAUUCGGGGCCAUUGAUUGGAUGAAUUGGCUAACUGGGGCAGAUGGGUUUAUUUGUUUUGACUAAUGGUAUCCGUGUGGAAACCUUCUUUAUCAAAAUUUAUUCCUAUAACUUUUUCCUUCAAAAUCGAUCAUUUGUAUCAAAAUCAAACAUUUAUCUGUUCCUUGUGGCGGGACAAUCAGUGCUAUAAGCAGAGGUUCCAUUUUGAUUGUAAAUUUACGAAAUUCAACAGAAUUUUUCUCUUUGUAAAGUACAACGUCAAUUUCUACUCUCCUGAAUCGACGAACUUGGCAAAUGUUUUGGCGUUCAAUUUGACAUUUGGUAAACAUUUUUAAAACAUUCUAAUUUUUUAGGCAAUCCGUGUAAUACCCUCAAAGUUAUCUAUAUAGCGUAGAGUAUUUUUACACGAUUCUAACGUGUAACAAUUUUAUUUUUUUAACAAUUUUAUCUUUCUGAAAAUAAUAUACACCAUGGAAAAUGUUUUUUACAACAAAAAAUAUAAGAAAAUAAAAUCGAAAUUUACUCCAUCAAGAAGCUUAUUUUAUAAUUUUUUUUUCGUAAAAAUUACAAAAGGUUAACUAAACAUUGAUGUUUCUCUCAUAUUUGAGAAUUAGAAGCAAAAAAAUUAAAAUGAAAAAAUUCAAAUGCCAGAACGGUUUGUUUUGAUUGGUAUACUCAAAAUGAUAGUUUACUAAACUUGAAGGAUUUUUUCCCAAACAUUUUUUGCAGUGUAUAUAUUUAUUUUGGAGAACUAAAAUCGAAUCUACAUUAUUGCCGAAGGCACUAUACCGCUCGAACGAACCGUUUUGGCUCUUCAAAUAUAUUUAUAAUUAAUAUGCACUUGCCUCAGUCAAUUUACGAUUGAAAGUACUUUCUGCUAACAGGGAAACUAGCUUUAGGAGUUUUUUCUGAGCCGACUGCCUAUUAAUUAUCAAAAUAUUCAUUAUGUAAACAGUCUCUAAGACACUAACUCGAAAUAUUUUUUUUUUUUUCAUUUCUCCAUGAUCAGACGUUUAGCUAACCUUUUGACCGCGUUAUUAACGUUGAAUAACGCACAUUUGGCAUUAAAAAUGCAUGGUUGAGUACAUAAAUAAGUAUUACAAAUGCAGAACUACUUCUGUUUGUAUUUUAAUAAAUUGCCCUGAUGGUCAAAACUUUUCCGGGACAUCAGUUGGAAGAAUUACGCUGGGGGCGGAAAAGGUUGUGUGAGGUUGUGUGUUCACACUUGAGUCAUUUUUAUGCAUUUUUGCGGUUUCUGUAAGCUAUGAUAGUUCUUUUGCUUGGGUAUUAAGUUGAUUUUCAAAAUUCAAAUGCCCGAAUAUUCACGAUUUUUUCCUGAUUUUCAUCGUGAUUCUACUCUCUAGCCUUUUUCAAAAUUAUUCAGUUCACUUUAUGUUUUACAUGUUAAAGUUUUUAAGCGAUUUUCAAAUUUUAUUUCGUUUUUCACGCGGAUUUCAGUUUAGUUCAAUUUGAUAAGCGACUAAUAUUUGCCACCACCCGCUUCUUGCUGCUUAGAAAGAAUCUUCUGCUUUGCGGGUCGAUGAACGAUAAUUCAAUUCAAUGGCGUGCGCCAGUCGAUGCGUGUGGUGCAGCAAAAACCAUACAAACAUGAAAUCAUCGCCUGCUGCGCUGUGGCACUGGCAAGUCUGCUUGCUACUGGUUGAUUCGGUUUCCAGUAAAUCAUCCUCCUUUUAUUACAAUGAUAGGAUGAACAAUGAAGACUAGAUUGUUGGAUGUUUACUUUUAUAUGUUAUAAUGACAGUUAUACUACCGGUGGGCGUGUCAGUUCGUUGUACACUCGAGCGAAAAAAGCAACAACAGCAACUACAAAUCGUUUACAGGUUCAAAUCUUUUGUAUGCCUUAGUGUCGGCUGUGCUGGGGAAGUGCUUGGAAAGAAGGCAUACAAAGAAGCAACGAAUCCGUCGAGCAAUUGCUUUGCUGUCUUUUAACGGACUUUCGAGCCCGCUAAAGGCACCAAAAAUUACAAAAACAGUUCAUAUUUUUUCAGUUUGCGAUCCAGGGUAAAUUUUGUUUUCACAUUUGCCGAGUGUAAUUGGCCAAAUGUUUAGAUAGGCAAACCUGAAAAUGAUAUUAUGAAUUAACUACACUGUUGUAACUUAGUGAAAAUUAGUAAAAAUAUUACAAGGUAUACAGCCCUAGGGGUUGUAUGAAAUGGUGACGUAGGACUAAAUAUAUAUAGUCAGUUGAAUUCAAUACUGGCACAACUCAAAAUUUUGCAGUUUUAAUUUAUUGAUGGCAAACGAUGCCAAAUACUAUAAAGUUUUAUCUCACAAAGACCCGUUUCAAAACUUACAAUAUUUCUUGAAAUAUAAGUAGAUGUCCCUUUAUUGCGCAAAGCUAAAAUAUCCCUAAAAAGACAGAAAAAUGAGGUUCCAACUCUUAUCACUUGCUUAUUACAUGCACAUGAUAGACCCGAACAAGUUCAGCUAAAAUGGGAAAUCAUAAAAUUGGAAUUUUUCACGAAAAUGAAAAAAGAAAUUUUCGGCGCAAAUUUUCAAACGCGUUUUCUCGAAACUAUGAAUUUUGAGUUGUGCCAGUAUUGAAUUCAACUGACGAUAAUAUAUGCUGCGCUAAACUGUUCAUAGGGAACACUACCGUUUAUUUUUGAUGGUCGUUAUUGUAAAACUAACGAUGCAUGAAUACAUGAAAAUUUUACACUAGAAGUAGUUGCGAAUAUUCUCAUAACAUCUCCUCAAACAUCUAUAGUUCUGAAAAGAACCGAUUCCAUAAUCUUCAGUUAGAAAUUCGUGCUACAGAACGCUGAUAAUCGCACCAUCGGUAGCAUUGAAUAUUUUGCUUGACCGCGCAGAAUAAAGUUUGCUCUCCACUGUGCUCCCCAGUAGCUGUGCCAGCAAAAUAUUCUGCAGCGUACGAUGUUAACUGUUGCUGCCGUAUGCAAAAUGAAGGUAACAUGCUCCGCAGUGCCUGGAAGUUGACUCGUAUGCAGCUCUCGUUUGACGCGUACCUUUAACAGCUGCACUGCACUCGCUAUUGUGUAACAAACUAGACUGAAGCUGAAUUUUCUACACGCAGUCUUUUGUAUCGAGUUCAGAGUAGAUUUUUGCCAUUAGGGCGUGGCCACACAGGUUAGAGAAAAAAAAACAAACCAAAACACUUUGUUGAGUCAAAAUAUGUAGGCAGUGGAAUUUAUUUCGUCCAUGUUAUUGUUAUCAGUGCUCGGGAAGCGAGCCAAUAACGAGGAAAAUGUAUGGGAAAGCUUGACCUUGGAACUUUUCACCUUUUUGCACCAUUGAGCAGUAAAGCAACAAUGUUGAACAUUAUAUCAACCAAUUGUUACAUAUUUUAUCUAUCCACCGACAUAUAAUUUUAUUUUUUAUUGCUCUAUUAGGGUGGCUUUCAGCCACAGGCUGGUUCGCCACCGUACAUAUAAAUGACUAAGAUGCAUUAAGUCGUUCGCUUGAUAUAAUCGUUUGAAAUCUGACGCAACAUUUGCAUGUUUCCUUUUCAAUUUCACAAAGUGUAAUCUAGUAUAGAAAACAAAGACGUAGUCCUACGUCAAAAAGAGGCAGAAUAUUUAUGGAGAAUUAAUACAUACAAUACAACAAAUUUCUUUCAAGUUUUUUAAAAAAAGAUUUAAAAAACUCAUAGGAAUUUCGUCAAUAUUUCAUUACAAAAGUACAUAUUCAUUCAACUGGGGUUAACAUACUGCUUGCUCUGGAUUCAUCUGUAAGAAUCUUAGCGAAUUAUUGUUGAACGGAUUUUUAAUUUUUUUUUUUUGUUUAAUUUUUUCCGUUUUUUGAAUUUUACGUGAGAUUUUCUCGAAUCCCGUUUUCCUCUAUCGUCAGCAUUCGUAAAAAAAUAUCUAAAACACUCUUCCCUCCUCCUUUUCUGCCUUCAACACCCUAACAUAAUUUGUGCACGACCUUCAACAACAAUAAUAUUUUUUGCCUUCACAGGAUAGUGAAAUACACUAAAGUUGCUUUAUACGCGAUUUAAUUUCACGUGAAUGUUUUUUACGCUUAUUUCGUAAUUUAAACGGUUAAUUUUUACGCAGAUUUUGAAAUUUACGGAUUUCGGUGUUUACGAGAUUGCUUUUGCGCGGAUAUAACUGAAAAGUCGUUUUGUUUUACGUCAUCGAAUUACUGAAUAUUUACUAAUAUGAUCUGAUUUUUUUUUUUUUUGAUUUUUAUCUCGUUUUACAGGUGGAUAUAACACCGCUCUUAAAUCUUUUUCGAGAGUAUUUAGCAGAAAUGAUGAAAAACCUUUAGCAAAGUUUUUUAUGUGGAUUCCACAAUUUACCCGGUUAUUGUUAUUUAUGCGGUUUAUGUUUACGUUGUUUCUCUAACGCUCCGGUUUCCACACGUAAAACAGAAAUUUUAGUUUAUUUUGAAGUUUAAGUUUAUUUUGUACUGCUUCCACAGGCUUUCUAAUUAAAUAAAAACCAAAUCAAACGUAGAGUAAAAACAUAAUUACAGAUUACAGAUUUCAAUAUUAUCGUGGAUAUUCUAUUGAAUUUUUCAAUUUUUGCUAACAUUUUUUAGCUCACAACAUUAUCAGUUAGUUUUGAUGCAGUCCGAAUUUCUGUUAAGAAAAAUAGGUGAUAGGUGAAUAGAGCCGGUGCCCUAUGUAAAUAUAAAAAAGAACAAAACGUCGAAAACGGCCAAAAAUUUCACAAACGAUCAAAAAUGUUACAAAUGGUCUAAAAUGUCAUAAACGGUCUAAAAUGUCAACAACGAUAGAAAUGGCAAUAAAUUCCAAAAAUAGUAAAAAAGGUCGAGAAACGGUCAAAAAUGACAAAAGUGGUAAAAAAUGUCAAAAUUUGUAAGAAAUGUUAAUAGUCAAAAACGCCAAAUAUGUCUAAAACGGUCAAAAAUUUCAAGAACUUUCGAAAUAUCAAUAACGGUCAGAAAUUUCAAAAAUGUGGAAAAAUGUCAUAAACGGUCAAAAAUAUGAAAAAUUGACAAAAACGGUAAAAUAUGGCAAAAACAGCAAAACCGAGCACAAACGAUCAACAGGGGUUAAAAUAUUUAAAAAAAAAACGGUUAGAAAGGGCAAAAUCGGUCAGAAAUAUCAAAAACGAUGAUAUUUUGUUUAAAUAUCGAGGGGAAAAAAUGUCAAAAAACGAUAAAAAGGUCAAAAAUGUAAAAAAAAAGUCGGAAACGACUAAAAUCGUCAUAAAUGUCAAAAACGUUAAUAACGGUCAAAAGUGUGUGAAACGAUUAAAAAACGGUAAAAAAUGUCAAAAAUGUACAAAAACGUCGAAAAUGACUAAAAUCGUUAUAAAUGUCAAAAAUGUUAAAAACGGUCAAAAGUGUCAAAAACGAUGAAAUAAUUAAAAUGUCAGAAGUACCAAAAGUGUCAACAACGGCCAAAAAUUAUGAAAACGGUCAAGAACUUUUGAGAUAGCAAUAACGGUCAGAAAUGUCAAAAAUGUGGAAAAAUGUCAAAAAUGGCAAUUACGGUCAAAAAUGACAAAAACGAGCAAAAACGGCAGGAACGAGCAAAAAACGGCAAAAACGAUCAACAGUAGUUAAAAACAUAAAAAAAAACGGACAAAAAGGGCAAAAUCGGUCAGAAAUAUCAACAACGUCAUAUCAAUAUCAAAGAUGUCAAAAAACGGUAAAAAGUGUCAAAAUUUACUAAAAACGUCAAAAAUGACUAAAAUCGUCAUGAAUGUCCAAAACGGUCAAAACUGUCUUGAACGAUAAAAAAAUCUAAAAUUUCAGAAGCGCCAAAAAUGUUAACAAUGGCCAAAAAUGGUGAAAACGGCCAAAAAUGGUGAAAACGGCCAAAAAUGGCGAAAACGGUCAAAAAUAUCAAAAAUGGUCAAAAACGGCUAAACGGUUCCCUAAAGCGUUGUACACAAACGCACGAAAUCCAGGUUUUAGACCCCUUCCGUCCCUAUAAAACAAUAAGUUACGUUUAAUAUGAUUUUCCUCCGCUAAAAUUAUGUAAGUUAUGGGAGAAUAUUCUAAAUAGAAUCGAAUGAAGAGAACAAAACUGCAAUUGGAAUCGGUUCAAAACAAGAACAGGAAAAGACAGUUAAAGACUUGAAACAAAACUAUCAAAACUGGAAUUGAAUUCGAUAGAUUGCUUUUCGGAAAUUCAGCUCAACUCUCGUUAAUCAAUUUCUUUCAAAAUUCCAUCAUUAUUUUAUAUAGUAAAUAUCUAGAACAGCUUACUAGGAAAAAAAAGUAAAAUAUAUAAACAAAAUAAAAUCAAAUUUUAUAAUUUUACGACACGCGAAACAACAAUCGCAAUUCACGUGCUUCUCUAUUAUUUGACAGAAAAAAGUUAGGUUUAACUUGGGCUUCCUGCCAGAACCUUUCAUAGCGCAUUUAUGAUUCUCAUUUCAUGUCAUGUAAUGAUAUCAAUUGAAGCCGAAAUUUGGAUAUACAUAAUAGCAACUUAAUUGGAGCCAACUUUUGAUUAAAUAGAGUCGAUAUUGAAAGAAAAAUCACUUCUUCAUGUAGACUCCAUUUAACCUCAAAAUUUUGCCGCAAUAUGGUUGUAACUAUGUUCAAGUUUUACACCUACUUCGUGUAUACAAUUGGAUUCGAAUCGAUGUUAAUUUUGUUCCUAAAUUUUGACCUUGUAAUAGCUGAAGUUUUUCAAUUUUUACUCACAUAUUAACCAAUUGACAAUGAUACUAUUACUAGUACAAAAUUCGAACAGAGUAGAAAUCAUCUAAGGUAGGAAGUAUUGAAAUCCUAUUUUUCAUGUGAUUUGUCUCGAAAAUUAAUUUAUUCUUAUGGUACAAUCUUAUAAUUCUAAAAGUAAAAUAUAAUUACUAUUGUGGACUUAAAGUCCAACUUGAAAUUCGAUUCCACCAUCCAAUUCCAAAGGACAGAAACCAAUGAAACCAAACUCUACACCACACACAAACCUUACGCCAACACAGAAGCUGUUCGAAGCUGCCGUCAGCCCAGUUUGGUUCAGUUCGGUGUCACUCACUUCCUUUUUUCUUCCUACUCUGUGCGCCCCUUUUCGCUCCGUCCGCCUUGUCGAAGUCAAGUGCUUCCGCGCAAGAAGAAGCUGUAUUCGAAGUUGCUUUCGCGCCGUCAUCCAUAUGUGUGCGGGGACGGGAGGGGUGAUGGUACCGGGAAAUACAACACCCAUGGUCGGGUGUCAAGUUUACGGCAUGGAAGAACGGAACACCCAUUCUCAGACCAGACAACCAUUGGCGUUUAAGACAAUGAAUGGAAUAGAACAAGUUUUCGCUUAGAGUUAACAACGGAAAAAAAAAAAUAACACAGGAAAAUAUAUAAAUGCUACAAUAAUGUACAGGAUCGAAAUUCAACACAAAGUGUUGGCGGUUGGAUGUUUUCUAUUUCAGCAAAGUUUUUUUUUUUCGAUUAUAAGCAUAGACAUAGCCGAUAAGCGUUAGCCCCCUCCUGUUGUAUAGAAGGAUUCCCGAACAACAACAACAACAAAAUAAAACGCGUCAGUGGGACAGCCACAAAGUUAUACUACCGCAGGAAGUUUAUAGCGUCAGUAGAAAAUCGUGAAUGAGUCGUACUGAACGAAAUUCGAUAGGUUUAAGCACAUUCUACAUUCUAGCCAAAUCGGCAAGCUGAAAUACAAAAAUAACAUUCGUUUAUGUAUGCGAUAGAAAUGAACAAAAAAAAUGUAAAUUGAGUGCGGAAUCAAAACAACGAAAGACAGUUUUAGUGAUCUAUACGAGUUAGUAAGAAGAAAGAUUAUUUUUUGUCCGCGAGAGAAUUUUACGACACAGGUUGGAUCUGGUAGUAUUCGUAGGUAGAUUUCAUGUUCUUAGCCUGAUAAGUUCCCGUUCAAAAUGGCGUCAUUUCAUGUAAAUUUGCCAUCGUUAAUUUAAUGCAAAACAGCUAGGAUUAGGAAACUCAGCAGCUUGGAGGUUAGGUAGGAUGAAUCAUGCAUAUUCUCAGAUUAACGUUAGUACGCAGAAAGAGAGAGAGAGUUAAACAUAAGUUAUUUGUGAUUUGUUUAAGUGAUUAUAAUUCGGACCACGUUCAGCGUGUAUGUGUGUGAACAGUGGAAUCCAACGAAAAGCGGCCAAUUGUACUUCUCCAGAUGGAAACGAUAAUGUUUAAUAAAAAUAAAGAGUUAAAAUUUUAUUUUGAA